AUGUUUCUUCAAAUUUUCGUACCAGAAUCAAGCUGUGAUGGCUACAGCACGAGAGAUUGGGCAAUAAUCAUAAUCAACGUUAUCGGAGUGUCAUUAAUCGAACUGACAUGGGAUGCAUGUUAUCUCAUAGCUGUGGAGAGUUUUCCAACACAUAUUCGAACAAUCGGCAUGGGUACAUGCUCAUUAGCAGCUAGAGUUGGAGCUCUGGUUGCUCCACAGGUAAGCGAAAAAAAUAUUGGAUUCAAACUCUGA